AUGUCCCCAACCGUACAUAAUCACCGGAGCUCGACCUCCGCCGCUCACAGCUCCACCGCCAAAGACGCCGCCGCCACCACCACAAGCUCGCCCACCCCAAAUUGGAUCUCGGAAUCAAUCAACGGCGGAUCCCUCCGCCACGUGGACCUCGAGACCGGAACCAACGGCUGGGCUUCACCCCCGGGCAACCUCUUCUCCCUCCGCUCCACCAACUACUUCACCAAGAAACAAAAAUCCCCCGGCGGCGACUACCUGCUCGCCCCCGCCGGGAUGGACUGGCUCAAAUCCACCACCAAGCUCGACAACGUCCUGGGCCGGCCCGACAACCGCGUCGCCCAGGCCCUCCGCCGGGCCCAAUCGGAAGGUGAGUCGCUGAAAUCCUUCGUCCUCGCCGUGAACCUCCAGGUCCCAGGGAAGGACCAGCACAGCGCCGUCUUCUACUUCGCCUCCCCAGAUCCGCUCCCCACGGGCAGCCUGCUCCACAGAUUCGUCAACGGCGACGACGAGUACCGGAACCAGCGGUUCAAGAUCGUGAAUCGGAUUGUGAAGGGGCCAUGGUUGGUGAGGAAGACGGUGGGGAAUUACAGCGCGUGCCUGCUGGGGAAGGCCCUGACCUGCAAUUACCACAGGGGGGCGAACUAUUUGGAGAUCGACGUCGACAUCGGGAGCUCCGCCAUCGCGACGGCGAUCCUGCACCUCGCGCUCGGGUGCGUGACGAGCGUGACGAUUGAUAUGGGGUUUUUGGUGGAGGCGCAGGAGGAGGAGGAGUUGCCCGAGAGGUUGAUCGGAGCGGUGAGGGUGUGUCAGAUGGAGAUGUCGUCGGCUGCGGUUGUGGAGGCGGCGGCGGCGACGACGGCGGUGGUUGGGCGGGGGAUAGGGUUGGCGAAGGUCAAUCAUCAUGAGGAGGAAGAUUGA